UCGAAAUAGCCUUGGCCAUGAUGGCAGAAUGGACGGUUCUACACACGCGCGCGUUUUGUUUGCGAUAUGCAUCGGUAUGCUACAGAUAACGACUCCGUACAACAUCCGCAACCACCCAUGCUGCCUGGAACCAAAUGAAAAUUUGACUCUAGCAAUGAUAAUAGACGCGUUCGAGAUAUACGGACACGAUCCUACAGAUAAGCUCGAUAAUUUGUGGCUCUACCAGAACGAGAUGUUGAGGAUAAAGACGGCAGAAGAUCAAUAUUUAAUUAACGAACGAGUUCACAUAGCGACCGAUCAUUUGGGUCGCUUUAUUAAACUACAUAUACAGGAGCUAAAAGUUCUUCUUAUAACACUGGACGAUGUCAUUGACAAUAUGCUGACAAUGUAUGAGAAUCACAACUCGAUAGCAGCUGAACGAAAGGCUACCUACACUGGUGGACCAGUGCCGAUGGAAUUUUAUAUUAGUCAAGAAUUUUACUGCGGCAAGAACGUUUAUAUAUUCUUUUCAGAGUUAUAUAGCGAUAUAUACAACAUGGGUAAAGGAAUAGCGCCAUAUUGCAAAGACCACUCGUUUGUGUUCUUAGGCUUCUUACAUUACCACGACGAGAACAAGUACUAUCUUAUAGACGAUCCGAGCAUAGCCUUCCCGACGGACAAUUAUUUACAUGGCUUGGAAUGCCAUAUCGGUAUUUGUAUAUUUAGGUUCCCAUUUAAAAAAUUAAUGCAAAGAGAAAGAGACGUCACUACCCUUCCGAAGGCAAUCGUGAAAUGCGGUCUCGUGAUGUACAAACUACCGCCAUUAACGGCCGCUUCGUGUAUCAUAACGUCUGGUUCUUUCAUAUUAGACUUCAACAUACAAGGAUUGCGAUAUCGACAUUACGAUUUUUUACUAACAACACCAAACGGUAACACGUACUACACAAAAGAAAACCACACGCCAUUAGUGUGCGACCAUCACGUCUGCGAGUGGAACUAUACCAAUCAUUACGGCGGUCCAUUCCUUAUCCCGGGCGAUCCAGGAACAGGCAUCGAUCCAGUGCCGCCAUAUAUAGAGCCUACGCCCAAACCUGAAGAGCAGGAAGAGGACAAUAUAACUGUGCCUUAUAUCCUCGAGGGCUGUUUGUUUAUGUACCCGCCUAAUUACGGUUCUAUAGCCGGCAAGAGCUACUUGGAUCAAGUCGACCUUCACGAUCAGAGAUUCACGUGCAACGCCGCAGGUAGUAACAAGGGACUCUAUUGGUAUCCGCAAUGGAUGGGCGCUGCGCCGCACCACCCGUAUCCCUCGAUAGUGGAGGAUAAAGGGGCUUUCGACCCCCCCGGUCCCUUCUAUCCACAUCAAAACUACGAAAUGAAUGAAGAGGAUGCGGACAACUAAUUGUAGUGUAUAUUUUUAAGAGAAAUAAAAGAUAUUGCCAACAUUCGAAUAAUCUAA